UUACCAUAUAUCAAAUUAGCACAAACUCAAAAAUUGCACCGUGAUUAUAAUAAAACACUUUGAUAACAACGUCAAUGCCAUGGAAACGAAUAUUUCUAAUCAAAUUGCUGUUACAAGAAAUGACUCACAUACAUUUUGCGUAAUAAGGCGAGGUUUUUACAUAUUUAUGCCAGUUAUUACUUAAUCUUAGUAAAGUACUUUGGAGGAGAAAAGUAACUUUAACUUGAAUAUUUAAUCGGAAAAUGACAAAUGAUACCAUUAUCAAAUUGAAGAUGUCAGUUUACAUUCAUGCACUGGUUUUGAUAACAAAUGUCAAUUUAUGAUUAAUGUGAGCUUCACGAUGUCAAAGUCAGAUGUCAAUUUCAUCUCGAACUCGAUUUGCGAUUUUGUGAUUACUGCGAAGUAGAUAUUUCAAACAAAACAACUUAAAUAUAAAAGUUGUAUAUGUGUGUCUGCGUAAAGUCUUAAUGUGCGAAAAAAAUAGUAGUGACCACACAUAACGUUUAUAUUUCCUUUAAGAUACUGAAUAAGGUUAUGUUUAUAACAUAGCUUAUCGAUCGACCAGUGUUUUUAACUUAGUACAUUGUAUUACAUUGUAUCCAGAAAUGGCGCACAAAAAUUGGGGAUUUUGUGAUUUAUCAGUCAGCAGGGAUUGCGACAUAACUAAAAUAUAUUGUUUGCAGAAAUUAGGGCUUAAUACAGUUGCUAUAAAUACACACGUAGAAGAAAUAGGCGAUGAGCCGAAAAAGAAAAAACGGAAAGGGGAAACAAAGGAGAAAAAAGAUUUUGUGCCAGAUCCUGUAGACAUUCCAAAAGAUUUAAACAAAGGUGAAAUUAACAUUCUUCAGAGAGUGACAAUAGAUUUUUCAGAAUCUAGCAUUAGCCAUAAGUUCAAUCACUCUGAGAAUAUAAGGAAAUACGAUAUAAUAGCUGUUGUUCCUAAAACAUUACAAGCAUUUCAAUAUGCAUGCUCCAGUCUAGAUGUUGAUAUUAUCACAUUUGACCCUCAGAUUCGUCUGUCUUACAAAGUCAGCCGUAAACUAUACAAUCAAGCAGUAGAAAGAGGUUUGUUCUUUGAACUUAUGUAUAGUCCAGCAAUAAAAGAUUCUACUGCUAGAAAAAAUAUAAUAAGCAUGGCUCACACUUACUUUGCUGUUGGAAAGUCAAAUAACAUUGUUAUCACAAGUGGAGCAGAUAAUUACAACUUAAUCAGAGGUGUGCAUGAUGUUAUUAACCUCGGCUUUAUAUUAGGCAUGAAUAGCAAUCAGAGUUUGGACUCUAUUCGAAAUAAUGCUCGCCGACUUAUCAUUAAAGCUGAAGGGAGAAAAAGUGGCAAGCAUUAUAUGUUAGUAACACCGGGUAAAAAAGAAAAAAAUAAAACAGUGAAAGAGUAAUUGAGUGGUUUUAUUUAAUAAUUUGUAAAUUUAAAAAUAAGAAAUAACAUAAACAAAUCAACAUUAGCAUAAAAUGUAAUGUUGGAGCCAUUUCACUUUAUGCAAUUAUUUCAUGUUUUUUAAAAACUGUUGCAUCAUUUUGUAUACUGAAAACACUCCAUACUUUAUAACCAAAGACAUUGAACAUAUAUAUCAAUAGAAAGGACAUUACAAACCAAACCAUACUCUUAAAAAGAUAUACUACUAGUACAUUUUUUGUUAGAGAUAUCUGUACCAAUGUUUAUCUGUGGUUUAUUAAUAUUAUCGAUUGCUAGUAAUGUCCACUCUAUAGCUUGUAUUCUCGAAUCUCUUUGUUUAUAACUUAUUCUAUUCGUAAAUUGUAUAUUUUUAAGAUUUGUUUUGUUAAAUAAUGAUGAUAAAUAAAAUUGUAUCUUACAUAUUUAUCACAGUUUAAGACCAAAUUGAAAUAAACUUUUUUAUUAUAAAUAAUA